AUGCAGACUUACCGAAACUAUCCGGCGCAAAACCAGCGCAGCCCACAGGCGACGCGACGAGGUGCUCCUGGAGCUCUGCUCGCUCCUCCGCAGCUACACAGCAUCCUUCACGCCGUCAAUCUCGAGAAUCAGCGCCGAAACGAAAUGUUCCGCCGCCAGGCGCGGAAACCUACCGAUCGCGAUAUCCCUCGUGACGUGUCCGACAUCACGAUAGGCGAUGGAGUAGAACGAUACCGCAAACUUAGGGACGUGGAGCGUCGACUGGACGCUGUGAUGAUGCGCAAGCGCUUGGAUAUCAGUGAGAAUGGCCAGCGACGGUUCGCUCGCCGGGAGGGCGUCCUGCGCAUUGCCAUAUCCAACACAGCGGAAGGACAGCCAUGGCAGGUUAUGGAAGACGGAAAUGGCCACGAGGAUGGAGGCAUGUUCGAGUUGAACGAGAACCAAGCCACAUAUCGCAUGAAAAUUGAAGGUCGCUUAUUAGAGGACCCCAGUGAGGACGACGACACCGAGGCGCUCGCUUCGGCGCAGCGUCCACGACUCAGCCAUUUCUUCAAAGCGGUUACAGUUGAUUUUGAUCGCAAUCCCAACCUUCAACCUGACGGCUACAGCCAAAUCGAAUGGCGCAAACCCUCGUCACGAGAGAAGAAUGGCACGACGGAUUCGUCAAGUACUGAAGUCAACUUUGAUACUUUGGAAUUUGAGCGCAAGACGGAUGAGAACAUGGAUGUUACCAUCAAUCUCGUCCGCGAUGAGAAGCACGAGCGCUUCAAGCUGAGUCCAGCACUCGCGGACCUGCUUGAUACCAACGAGGAUGAUAAGACCGGCGUCGUGCAGGGCAUCUGGGACUACUGUCGGGCCAAUGGUCUCCAAGAGGACGAUGACAAAAGGAAAAUUGUCUGCGACGAGCCGCUGCGAAAGGUCUUUAACCAGGACACCCUGUACUUCCCGCACAUCCCGGAACUCCUCUCGCCUCACCUCGCGCCCCUUCCGCCGCUCCAGCUCUCCUACACGAUCCGCGUCGAUAAGCCGUACAUCUCACCACCACCAGGCUCCGACACCACACCAUCUGCACCCACCAUCUAUCAUGUCCGCGUCCCUCUCCCAAAUCCUCUCCACGCCGCGCUGCAAACUAUACAAACUUCGACGACUCACCUCUCCAGCCUCCACAACCUCGUUCAGCUAGACGAUGAGCUCGCCUUGCUGGUCCAGAAAAUUCAACAAACGACCGCCAAGCGCACUUUCUUCGACCGCUUGAGCAAGGAGCCCCAUGCCUUCGUGCCUCGAUGGAUCGCUAGCCAACAGCGCGAUCUUGCUGUCAUCCUGGCCGAAGGUACAAGAAGCGGCAUCGCAGCAGGAGGGACUGGCGAGGGCAGUACGGGAGAUGCUGUGGGUGUGGGUAUGGAGGAUGCGCUGCGGAAAGGUGGCAGUGAUGGUGUCUGGGGCAGCGAGUUGGCGAGGGAGAGUGUGGGUCUGUUCCUGGCUAGAGGAGGCAAAGCCCAUUAA